AUGAGCGGAGAUAUGUUUGAAGGAAAAGAUUACCCAACCCAGUGGGCUCUAAAUCCUUCCGCUUACCAAAAUAUGAGUAAUGAUCAAGUUGAUUGGGCAGCAUUAGCUCAGCAGUGGAUCAAAAUGAAAGAAACUGUAGUGCCACCAGCACCACCUCCUCCUACUAUUAAUCCUGUGUGUGCUGGGACUGAUGGGAGCGGAGAAGCUCCUAUGGAUAUGGAUACAAAAGAGGAUGAUGUACCACCAGCACCACCUGCACCCACAAUUAGUGGUUCAGCUGAAGCUUGGAGUCAGUGGAAUCAGUGGGGCCAUUGGAAUACCUCAGGUUCUGGAGCAGGUACUUGGGAAUGGACUGGUGUACCUCCCCCUGGUGUUUCUAUAGGUUCUGAUGGGAAACCUAUGGGAAUUCCUACAGUACCUAUUGUCCCACCUGCUCCAACUAUAUCUACAACAUCUGAAUUUAAUGUACCACCUCCAGCAGCACCAUCAUUAUAUUCUUAUAAUUCAGUACCUCCAACACAACCUUAUAGUCAGGUGUCUAGUUAUUGGUCUGGAGAACCACCCACUGCAAUACCCCCUCAACCACCCCCUUUUAUGAAAGGAGUUAGACACACAAACAGAACAGCGCAUAUGAGGCCCAUUGACGCUGUAAGGUGUCGAGAAGAUCGUGAGAAAACGCCUGAAGAAGAUACAACUACAACUAUAGACGCGGCAAAACGUAGGCAAUUGCCAGCAUGGAUUAGGGAGGGUUUAGAAAAAAUGGAGAAAGAAAAGCAAAAAGCUGUUGAAAGGGAAAGGCAAGAGGUUCUGAGGAAACAGGAAAUAGAAGCUCGAAAACAAGCCGAAGACGAGGCUCGAGCAGUAUUGAAUCCUGCUAAAAGCAAAUUCGACUCUGAUUCUGAUAAGGAAACAGAGCAGGAUGCCGAUGAGGGAGCACGUAAUCAACAGGUCACCGAGAAAAAUUUCGAACGGACCCCGGACAUCCUUCUUCGACCACGGAAAUCACGGUUUCGCGAUGCGGAUUCACCAGAAGCGCACGGGCAUACAGAUAGAAGUCCAACCACUUCCAGUGUGACUAUACCCAUACCGAAGCGAACCAGAGAAGAGGUGCUGCAGGACGUGAUGUUAAAGGUUCGGAGAUCGCUUACGGAAAUUCUUCUGGAGGUAACAAACGAAGAAAUUGGUUCUAUAUGCAGAGAGGUUUGGAGCCGCGCACGUGCCAAAGUCCCUGCAGGAGAGACCCCCGUCGCAUCCCUCAACAACAUGGCCCCUCUUGCUCAGAUCACUCGUAAGCUUGGUCUGGGCAUCUAUGGCGACAGCAACAGCGAGUCUGAGGAGGAGCAGAACGAUCACGUCCAAGCUCAGAACAACGACAGCGACGAUGAGCUGAUAGAAACGGUGAAACGGCGUCAGCAAGCGUUCAAAAAGACGGAGGAGGAAAUCGAGGCGCGUCUGGCCGAGGAGGAUGAGAGAGAAGAGCAACGUUACGAGGAGCAGUAUAAUAAACAACAGGAAAAUCAUACUGGUAAUACAAGCUGCAAGGACUCAGUUGAUGAAAAAGAAACGGUAAAUAAUCAAAGAGAAGCGUCUGAAACUUUGUCGAGCGGCGGACAAAGUCCACAGCAUCAAAUAGCGCCGCCUGAUACGGCAAAGACCAAUACUCCAUCAGGGUCGGCCGAUUCCGAAUCUAGCUCGUCCGAGUCGAGCAGCUCUGACUCGAGUCGUAACUCGUCCAAGAAGAAAAGAUCGAGCAAAGCUCGUGAUCGUGAAUAUCGAAAGAGGAAAUCCAAAAGUAGAAGUAAAUCGAGAAGCAGAAAAUCACGGUCCCGUGGUUCGUCCGACCGUGGUGGCCGGAAACGCAAAUCAAGGUCUAGAUCGAUUAAGUCACGUAAAGAAUAUCGUUCAAGGUCUUCGAGCAAUUAUAGGUCGACGAAGAAGCACAGAUCGAGAUCUAGAAAUCGUAAACGUCGUAGAUCUCGCUCGAGAAGUUGUCGUAGAUCUAGAUCCAGUACCGCGACCAGGAAAUGGUCACGAUCGCGUUCCCGGGGAAAGAGGAAGUCUCGUUCUCCUUCUAGAAGUCGAAGAAGAAGUCGUUCCUAUUCAACUAGACGAAGUAAAUCUCGUGGCAGGGACAAAAGAAGAACACGAUCACGAUCAAGAGCCAGAGACAGAUCACGAUCACGAUCAAAAGGACGAAAACGUUCGCGUUCUUACGUUUCCAGGAGUAAGAGAAGGACUCGAUCUAGAUCUAGGGAUCAUAGAAAAUCACGAUCAAGAUCAAGGCAGUCGAAUCAUCGGGACGGUAAGAAAUCGUCGCAUCAUCGGUACAGGAAUUGAACCCUGAACCCAAACUUCUAGCCAAGGUUGUAUAUACAUAACAUAUAUAUUCAUUAAUUAAGUCACUUUUCAAAUUGUUCGUACGCACGGAACCAGUGUGAAGAAACGAAAUACUAUAUAUACAUUUUGUUCUUUAUAGAAAUACACAAAAGAGAAAGAGUAAACAUUACCGGAAGCACAGAUUUUUCAUUCUGAUCGUCCAUCUCUGAGAAUUUUCCAUCGUGCGAACAUUUUAGCGAUGUAGGUCUCGUUUCUUUCCAAUUAGCGUUCAUUCGCAAAAUAUAAAUAUAUAUAUAUAUAUAUAUAUAUAUACAAAUUAUGUAUAUAUAAUGUGUUAUCGUUAAUUGUAUAUUGGUCCAUAGAUCGUUUGUAAUUAAUUUCCAAUCAAUCAACUCAAGAUUCUUUUUCCUUUUUUAUCUAUAGAAUUACAUAUUUCUGCAUAGCUAAUCUCUUUUUUCUUUUCUGUUUCCGUUUUUACUUUCUCGAUGGCAUUACUUGAAUAACGAUGUAUCCGUUUUAUAUGAACGAUUGUUAGCAUGCAUUUCGAACGAUCGCGUUAGAAUAACUCGAACAUCCGUCUGAGAGAGAGAGAGAGAAUAAGAGCGCGUGUUUUUUUGAGUGAAAGAGAGACAGAGAGAAAGAACUGUGUCGAAUGUCGAUUAAUUAACUUUCCAUAAAGAAAAAACACCGAACCGUUGUUACAUCGUCGAAAAGCUCGUGUAAGAGAAACUGAUCAGGUACAAAUAAAUUGUCACACCUUUGAUCUUUGAGAAUUGCCCGCAUUCGAAAGCAUUUAGGAAUCGUGACAGUUUGGUUUUUCCUUGUUUUUUAAUCCAUCUCUUUCUUGAAUCCAGUUGAUUGUUCACAUUAAGUACGAACGAGUAGAUACGAAACUGUUACAAACCCUAAAACACAAACUCACACAGACACAUACAUAAACAAGUACGAAGAUUUACAUAAUUGAUUCGGUUUAUCAUGUAUUGAUACACGUUCGACAUACGUUUGAUAAAAAAGAGAAAAUACAAAACCGAUGAUUUUAAUGUAUUGUAAGUUCGGGCCUUACAUACAUAUUGCUAUGAUAAGUGUAACGAGUCAUUUUUAAAUGAAAUAAAUAAAAAAAAAAAAAAAAUGAAAAGUAAUAUA